ACGCAUGCGCGACCCUUUUCAAGAACUCUCCUUCUCCAAGCGCGAUCACGUCUUUUAAGGCAGCUCCAUAUCUAAUCUCUGGAAUUAGGUUCAAAAUUCUGUUCCAUUUUUUGUAACAUUAAAACUAAGUUCAAAUUUAUUGAAACAAACACAAACUUAACAUUUUUAACGAAAAAAAAAACAAGGUAAUAUUCAUCCACAUCUUUAGUACAUUCUGGCGAAUUCAUAGCUGCAAGGUCAUACAUCUGUGACCUGCUACAGCAACCAUCUUCUUUCCCUGGAAGCGGCUUUCACCACCAUGGCCGCUCUUCAACCAACUUUCGGUAAAUGGUUGCUUCUCCUUUUUACAUCCACCUUUUCCAUCCAGGCAGGUCUAGCAAUCAUGUGCUGGGAAUGCAACUCCCACUACGACAAAAACUGCGGAGACCCCUUCAGAAAUGAAACGUUUGCUAUCACAGAUUGCAACCAACGGGAUCUAGAACACUUCCCUCAACAGAAAGCAACCGUUUGUCGUAAAAUUAUACAAAAAGUAAGGGAUGACUACCGCUUUGUGCGGGGCUGCGGUUGGCUCAGCAACGAGAACGAAAGCCACGAUUGCUUCAAGAGAGCUGGCACCUUCAACGUCCUGAUACAGUACUGUAGCUGUAACUAUGAUGGCUGUAACGCCGCUCCACAUACCAUCCAACAGAGCAGCUGGAUAGCCCUAAUGGCCAUGGUCAUCUUCUCCAUCUGGAUGACCGUCAAAUAAACCACAAAAGCAGCAGCCCCGUUUGGACACCCUUCAACCGCUGGCCAUGUUCUUGCAGCUUCCAAAUAUGACUAAGCAGAUGUACAAAGAUAUAUAUAUAUAUAAAUAUAUCGAUUACUAAUAAUCGAUAUAUCGAUUAUAAUAUCGAUUGCUAUCCCAUCAUGCAUUUCAAUUGUUUUUUUAUCAAACAUUUCCGUUGUUUUCCUAUUUAUUUUAAUUAUGUUCAUUGCUUUUGUACAUUUCAUUCCUAGUUUACAUUGAUAAUUUAUUAAGUUUUGUAUAUUUAUAUCGAGUAAUAUAUUUUUAAAUAUUAAGAAUGUGUUUUUAUUAAUGUACACAGGUUUUGGGAUAGCAUUCGAUUUGUUGUUGGCGAAAUCAAUUUAUUUUUUACGUAAACUAUAAUUCCCAACUUAAGAUAUUUCAACAGCAAAAUGUAUCAAGCAUUUUAUUAACCUCAGCUUCAAUGCUAAAAUGAAUGCUAAAAAAAAUUUCGAUCGAUGUUUUCAGUUUUAAAAAGAAAAAUAAGUCAAAAGAAUGUUACGCUUUUCAUAAAGCAUUCUGAAUAAAUGACCUUACAUUAUUGCUUAUUCAACUGAUAUUUUCUAUUUUAAUGGUUAACAAACUAUAAUUUUAAAAAAAGUUGGGAAUUGUAAGAAAUAUGUGAAUAGUUAAUGAUUCUUAAUUCGUUUAGAUGUUUAUUGUUAAAUAAAUACUAUAUAUUUUUAUUUUGUACCAAAGACAAGAAACCAGAAAAACGAGGCUUUAGUUUAAUUGUUAUAUAUAAAACUUCAAAGAAUAUUUUUAGACUAGGCGUUAUACAAUAAUGCUUGUAGUCAUAAAACUUAGGAUUAGUUCAUAUUUGUCACAAAAAAUUUUCACACUGUAAAAUACACUUUGCAAUGAUAAAAAAACAAACAAAUAGUAAAGUUAAAUAGUAAGAAGCUUUUGCUGAGACACAGUGUUUUCGGUUUUAUUUAUAUGCUGUAAAGUUCCCUCUGUAAAAAAAAAUAUUACUUUAUGGCAAAGUCAGUUAAAAAAAAUCCCGUUAUUGUUGUUGUUCAAAAAAGCUUUAUAAAAAGUGUUCAUAGAAUUAUUCCAUACCUAAGCAAUGCAUUUACAAUUAAAAGCACAAAUAUCUAAAGAUUGUUCAAAGUUGUGCUAUAUUUUUCAGUAAACACUAUGUGAAUACCAUUUUUUGGAAAAAAGUAUUAGAUUUAAUCAUAGACGCUUUGGAAGCAGUUCAAAAAUGUUUCUAAUUUUUAGUUAAAACAUUAUUUUAGAAGUGUCAGCUUUCUUGCAUGUUUGAAAUCGUUUUACUUUUUCGCUUCAUUUGUCUAAACUUCUCGUAGUUCAUCGAAAUCGUUUUACUUUUUCGCUUCAUUUGUCUUAACUUCUCGUAGUUCAUCGGUGUUGCAGUGUAAAUAAUUCAAAGGCAUGGUUACAGCUAAAUAGAACUAUGAAAUCACUUUGCAUUUGAGCACGCUUUACUUGCUUUUGGCGAUGGCAACGUUUUUUAAUUAGCUUGAAAAAAAAAAGCAUGGAUUAUUUAUUGAGCUUAAACUACUUACGCAUAUCUAAAUGUUUCCUUUUUCCAAAAAGCAUUAUAACUGGAGCUUUUAACUUGUUUAUUUAUUAAGAUAAUUCCAGUAUCAUUCGUUGCCUGUAAAAUUAUGCUUACUAUUUGAAUUUCAGCCAAAGAUGUUUUGUUUUAACCGACAUAGAAUUAGAUAUGGAGUUGCCUUAAAAUGCGUAGAGCAAACUUAAAUUAUUUCCUUUUUCCAAAUCUCCUAAAGAUGAAAAAAAAAAAACAUUCUCUGUUAAUUGUGUCUGUGUGUUUGUUGUUCGUUGUACUUUAUCUCUUACUAUAAUGUAUGUGAAACCACAAUUGAUUAGAUAUUCUUAAGUAUUUUUUUUUACUUAAAUAUCAGAAUGGUUCAGGGAUCAACUGUUAGCAUACAUUCGAAAUUGCUUUUCAGGAUUAGGGUUAAGGCUUAAACUUUUUUUUAAAGUAUUGACAUUUCAUUUCGAAAACGAUAUAGUGUCAAAAAUAUCUCAAGUUUGCACUUUUUUAACCAACCAUGUCUAUAUUGCACUCAAAUGAUAUGUGUAUAGAUAUUUAGAAUUUUUCAAACCCAUUGAUUAAAGGGCUUAAUUAAUUAAUGGCAUUGAUUAAAAGGUUCCUCGUGGGCUUAACUGGGAUAUAUUAAAAUUUACCAAAAAUGAAUAAAAAUAACAAUGGAACUUAAAACUUUGUUUGAAAUUUAAUUAUUAUUUAUUGAGAUAAUGUUUAUUUUCAUAAAUUCAAAUAGAUUUGCUUUACUUUAUUUUUAAAUUGUCAUUUAAUAUGUUAGCGAACCAUUUUCAGCAGUUUUUUUAAGUUAUAGUAAUUCUUAAAAAUCAUUUUGAUAGUUUUUCUUUUGAAUAUUGACUAUUUUACAUACUUCUGUUCAAUUCUAAUGAAACGUGGUUUCUUCGUCUUUAUGGUACUUAUUUUAGUGACAGUUUAAAAGCCUGUUCACUAGAUAAAGUUACAGCUAAUAUUCCAAAGAUUCUAGCCCUGCGAAGAAUUUGUUCAUUUUGCAUGAUAUUCUUCGUAGAUUUUUUAUUCCAAUAUGUGUUUUAGAAUAUUUUAUUUUGUUCGUAUAUUUCCUAACAGUGCAUAUUAUUUAUGGUCAAAACUUGGAGAAUAUUUGUUUUCAAAAAAUAUAUGAAAGUGUUUAAUAUAGCUUUUGAGUAUAUUAUGGCGAAAAAUAUGGUUCGGAGAACGAGAUUAUAACAUAUUUUAAAAAAAUUGGAUAUUUUCUUUUAAAUCAAGUAUUUCUAUAAAAAAAAUGUGUGGCAGUUAUUUUUCCAUAAAUAGGAACCCUGACACAUCGUUUAUAAGUUCAAAAUAAAAAAAAUAAAUAUGAAAAAUACUAGCAUUGUCUAAAUCUGACUUUUAAAAAAUUUCAACCGAGCUUGCAGACGAUAAUAUAAAGCUUAUAAUUAGCAAUAAAAUUUUUUUUACACUGCUCAACAUCUUGCUCAUUCAAGAAGCUAAAUCGUUUUCAAAUAUUAGCAACUUGCUGAAUAAUUAAAAAGAGAGAGAGAUAAAGAGAGAGAAAACGAUUUUGACAUUGCUUGAAAUUCGCCAUCUGUCAUAAUCGUCAUCGUGUUUGGAACAUUAACUGUGAUCAGAUAACUGUGAUGAUGUUGUUCCCUUCUCACGGAAUUCGAUAUUUUUGCAAAAAUUUCAUUCAUGCAAUUUUGUAUUUAAGUGAAAAAAGAGUAAAAUUUUAUUGAAAACGGAUUUAAUCCCAAAAAUUUACAUUGGUAUAAAUAUUUAUAACUUUUACAAUAGUUACGGACAUUUUUUAUUUGGAAUUUUUUUUCAUCAUUUAUGGAAGCUGAUAGAAUUAAUGAAAAAAAACCCAUUAAAGUCAGGUAAGAAAUAGCAUAUUUUUGUAUUUGAAACAUAUUUUUCGCCACUUAAUGUGUAAAAUUUGAGUCAUUUUUAUUUCAUUUUUGUUUUGGUUAUUGAUAUUUCAUCCUAAUGUUUCGUGUAAAUUUGUUUAUUGUGUGAUUUUUAUGGUUGUAGUUUUGUUCCUGAAUGUUACAAAAAAUUCUUAAUGUUGAAAAAAAAAACAAAAAAAAAAACCCAAAAAAAAACAAGCAAAAAAAAUCAACAUAAGCUUCUCUAACAAAUAACUCAAAAAAACUGUGUCAUGAAAUACAAAAAAAAAGUAACUUUCCCGUUUGUUACGUCAUGGCAUAAAUCGAUUGCUAAAAAAAUAACAAUUAGCAUAAAUAUUUGGUUUGCACUUGAUUAAUGCUUUUGAAAUACUAGUAAGAUUGUAAUAAAUAUUUAGUUUUUAAUUAAUAUUUUAGAUUAGUAAAAGAACAGAUUAUUUCGUUUGCAUAAAAUUAUAAAAUUCGCUUAAUACAUUAAAAUCAAAAGUAGCAAAGAAACUUACUUAAAUGACAAUCUGAAGUGUUUUAUUACCAUUUUGAGUUCAUAUAAUUUACUUUUCAAUGCACAAAUUAAACUUUGCAUAGCAAACUGCAUACUUGUAGAAACCUUUUAGACCAAUUUAGAAAAUUCUUUAUAAUUUAAAUAAGAAAUUUAUCGAUUUUGAUUUGUACGUAAAAGGUAGGCAGAGCUCUACCUUUUGGAAUUGCGGGUUACAAUCAAUCAAUCAAUGUUUACCUAAAAACUACUCACAAUAACUGUAAUGACAAUAAUUCACAACAAAUUCUUUAUUCUUUUUCAUGGAGUACAUUGCAUUCCUCAUUAUUUAACUAUAGCUUUACAACGUUUCUCAAAUACUUGAGUGUCUUUUAUUUUUUAAAAAAAAUGGAAAUAUGAAAUUGGUAGAGAGCAAAGGAAACCAAAAAUCGAAAAAUAAAGAAAACAAACUCUGAAACUCUAAUAUAUAAAAACCUUUGGAAUUUUUGUGAAUAAAAAAACUGUGCAUCAUUGUAUUUAUCGGAACUGUUAAUGCUUUCAAAAUUACUGCCCAUUCAAUGGCCGGAUAUGACGUUUUUCUUGCCACCACUGGUGUUUGCCCAAUCAAAAAAGAUCGAAAACAACGCUUUCUUGAUCGAACGGAGCCUACGCGCAUCUAUGAAGAUAUUAAUUCUUAGGUUCAUACUAUUGGAAUAAUCCUCCUUUUUACCCUUUUUUCGUUCCGAUAAUCAAACUUCGUUGCACAGUUUGGCAACUAAAAAUGGUAUUCUUGAGCACACUUGUUGUUACCAUGCCACAAACUCAUUAGACACGUUUGGCAGUUAAAAUGGUAUUCUUGAGCACACUUGUUAUCACCAUGCCACAAACUCAUUAGACACGUUUGGCAGUUAAAAUGGUAUUCUUGAGCACACAUGUUGUUACCAUGCCACGCAAACUCAUUAGACACGUUAGUCGCGAGUUUGAAUAUUUUUAGCAAUAUUGCUGUACUAAACUUAUAGAGGCUACACUAAACUUGACAAAGUUUUUAGCCAUAACGCUAAGCCCAACUUAUUAGGGAUGUUUGUAAUAACGUUACUCCCAACUUUGAAUUCUGGAAAUGAAGUUUUCUUUGCUCUCCUAAUACCACAAAACACAACAUUAAAAACUAUUAAUCAAGUUUCUGUUUCAUUUUUUGUUUUAUUAUUAAGGGGAGAUUUAAAACUUAAUUUUUCAACUGGAAAGGAAUUUCGUAAAGGAAUGGAAAUGCCUAAUUACAUAGAAUGGGUUAUAAUUGGGCUCAGUAUUACUUAGCCGAAAUGGCUAGAGGAAGAAACCCGAACAGAGACAAUAAUAAUCGUGAACUACUUCACUCUCUUACAGAAAGACUGGAACGAACACAAGUUUUGCUCUGAUUAAAGAAUUGAGUGGAAUUUCCGAUUUAUGAUAUCGAUGAAAGUCAUUUCAAUCGAAGAAAGGAAUCGUUAUCGAUUUUUCACGCUUGUCGAAGUUUCGACUCCAAGCGGAGAUGAUUUAAAAAAGAACACUUUUUUUUAAAGUGUUCUAAAUGAACGCGAAGUUCAGCGGUCCUAUGAUCCCAAAGAAAUGAAAGGUAUUCUUGUUUUU